UUGCAUCACAGUGCUCUGUGAACUUUGUGUUGCAAAUUGAGUUAAUGGAGAAUGAUAUCGAAGCGCCGGCAAGCCAACAAAAAGAAGCGAGUCCUACUGCUUGGCCUGACGAUGACGUCAUAUCUAACAAAUCUCAAGGUGGCUCUAGACCAUACACAACAACGCCUGUCAUAAGUGUGGAUAAAAUAGACGUCGACAAGGAAAGCGUCAAAGGAGUUCCGGAGGAGCAAAAAGACAAAGGUUUAAGCUGCUUUGAAACAUUCAAGAAUGGAGUCAAAUCUAUAUGGGCAACAAGACAUACCUUGGGACCGGCAGACGAUAAGAAGAUCCACGUUAACACGACCGUCAAAGAACUCGUGGUCUAUCUCCUCUUUCUGAUCCUGCUGUCCAUUGUGGCUUUUGGUAUGACCAACACAUCGAUGUUUUUCGUAACAAAGGUGAUGAGUGAACUGUACCUGGACUCAAGUUCAGGGGGUGUGUCCUUCCGGUCGAUAGGUGGCGCAGAUGAUGUGUGGAAGUUCCUCCGUGGGCCACUGCCUUCCGCUCUUCACUGGGAAACUUGGUACAAUAACCAGCCUCUUCCUGAUAAUGGCGAAGGAUACAUUUUCCACGAAAACAAACUUUUGGGACUGCCAAGGAUCCGACAAGUCAAAGUCAGGAAUGAUUCAUGUGCAGUACAUAAAUAUUUUCGGGACGUUAUAUUUGAAUGUUAUGAUGCCUACUCAGAGUCAAACGAAGAUAAAUCCUCUGAAACUAAUGACACCCGAAUAAAGACCUACACUGCAUUUACGUAUCAUUCAGAGGCGUCCUUGCGUGGAAGCAGUUAUGGAGGAGAGUUAGCUACAUACAAUGGAGGCGGAUAUGUGCAAAACCUUGGAAAGACAAAAACCGAGACACAAGCUACACUGGACUAUCUUUUUACGGAAAGAUGGAUCACACGAGGAACUCGAGCUUUUUUCAUCGACUUCUCCGUGUAUAACGCUAAUGUAAAUCUGUUUUGUGUUAUUCGACUCAUUGUAGAGUUCCCAGCAACAGGAGGCGCCAUUCCCUCGUGGAGUUUCAGAACUGUGAAGCUUUUGCGUUACGUCACAGUUUUUGAUCAUUUCGUCAUGGCUUGUGAGUUUUUCUUUGCCCUUUUUAUCGUGUAUUACAUCAUUGAGGAAAUUAUUGAGAUAAAAAUUCAUAAACUUGCGUACUUCAGAAGCGUUUGGAAUAUCCUCGACGUAACGGUUAUCGUCAUAUCUAUUGUGUUUCUGGCAUUCGAUAUCUAUCGAACUCUUGAAGUGGACAAAAAGAUGGAAAAAUUAACAUAUACUAGCAACCAUUUCGAGGAUUUUGACUUUCUCAGUCUUUGGCAAGUCAGAUUUGACAACGCCAUCGCCAUUACAGUGUUUCUAGCCUGGGUCAAGCUGUUUAAGUACGUCAGCUUCAACAAGACGAUGAACCAGCUCUCCUCAACCCUGGCCCGCUGUGCUAAGGACCUGAUGGGGUUCGCUGUCAUGUAUUUUAUCGUCUUCCUGGCGUUCACACAGCUGGGAUACCUACUGUUUGGGUCAAAGUUGAAAGAGUUCAGUGAAUUCGGGAGUUCCUUUUUUGCGCUUUUCAACAUAAUCCUGGGCAGUUUUGAUUUCUAUGCCCUGAGGGCCGUGGACCGCUAUUUAGGACCUACCUUCUUCUUUCUCUUUAUCUUCUUCAUCUUCUUCAUUCUCGUCAACAUGUUCCUCGCCAUUAUCAACGACACGUACUCCGAGGUGAAGAGCGAGCUGGCCAAUCAACAGGAUGAUUUUCAAAUCUCCGAGUACUUCUUGAGUAAAUACAGGAAAAUGUUGGGGAAGAUUCAUGCAAAAGAAGACAGGGUUCUUGAUCUGGACGACGUUCUCAAGUAUGCCGACGCCAAUGAUGACGGGAAAAUCGACUUUGAGGAAUGGCGCCAAGAUCUCCUAAAACGUGGUUACGCCGAAUGUGAAAUCGAGGCUCUGUUCUGUAAGUAUGACGCCGAUGGUUCCCGGUACCUGGAUAAAGAAGAGCAAGAGAGACUACGACAGGAUCUAGACGCUCAGAAGAAGCAAAUUAACAAGGAGUACAAUGACCUUGAGGAUAAGAAUGGCACCCAGGUCAGCGAGAACGAUGACAGUGAUAAGGAGGAGGAUUCAGGAUCUACACAGAAGAGGGGCGGAUUCUCGGGGGUGUUGUACGAGGAGUAUACGCACCUGUGUAAACGUGUUGAGAGAAUGGAAUUCACCAUAGGGGGCGUUAUAGGCCGGAUCGACUCUGUACUAUCCAGGCUGGUUAACAUCGAAAAAGCCAAACUGAAACGACGAGACGCCAUUUCAAAGAUUCUGAAUUAUAUGAAUGAGAGUCAGAAUAACGAAGAUGGACUGAAUAAGGAGAAAAUGCAAACCAUGAUAAAACGGGAACUAAGCAAGCUCGACUCGGAUGACACGGAUAGUGCCCCCUCUGUGUCUACUCGGGAAUCCUCUAACAUUAUCCCUAACGACAACACAGAUGAAAACAAAAUGGCGCAGAAUGUACCUACAAAUUAAAAAUGGGAAACUUGGACUGCUUAAGAUUGAACUUUAAGACAUCAUACGAAUAUAAUCUGUAUAAUGCGUAUAUCUGUUAGGUUAUUCCCCUGACGUGCAGUUCUAAGCUGUCAAUUGAUCAGUUUGUUCAUGCAAUGAAAAUAUUUAAUUUCUUUUGCACUGCAGUAAUAUGUAUACAUAAAAAUGUAAA